AUGAUUACAGUAACCCGAAUUCCAGGAUUGAAAAUUUCAGGAAAGAUCAAAUUAGGACCAAGAUAUGCACAGGGAAGCCUUGACUGGACAGAUAGUUUACCAACACUUGGAUUGUCUCCGCUUGACGGAAUCGGCGGAGAAGUUGCUUUCCUUCUGGAAGACGGAAUUUCACGUGGAGGAUGUUUGGGUCUUGAGAAGAUGGUUCGGUUGGGAGAGUGGCUUCUAGAGACUUCUGACGUUGAGAUUCCUCGGCCAUACGACGUGAUUCCUCUUCCAUGGCAUGUUGACGUCUGGCCUCUUCUUGACGCUUCGCUUCCUCCUCCUGCUUACGCUUCUCCAUUUUGGCGAUAUCUGCUGCGAGUGACUCUUGAUACUCUUUCUCCUGAAGACGACGGAUCUCCUCCCGUUCUCUUCUCUCUCUGA